CCUGCAACAAUCCAACCUCAACAACUUCGACGUUCUGUUGACGGGAUAUGUGCCCAGCGCGGAGGCGGUACAAGCAGUGGGCAAGAUUGGAAGGGAUCUGAAAUACAACGCUGUCGGGAAGCCAGGCUCAUUCUUCUGGGGUGAGUAACUGGAGAGAGCGAAUUCUCAUCUUGACUGAUCGGGGUGCAGUACUUGACCCCGUGAUGGGAGACAACGGAAAACUCUAUAUCCCCGAGGACGAAGUGCCGCAGUACAAAGCGCUUCUGAGGGAAGCGGACCUGAUUCUGCCAAAUCAGUUCGAGGCAGAGACGCUCUCUGAUACCACGAUAACCGAUCUUGAGUCCCUGGCCGCUGCUGUUCAAAUACUACACAAGACGUAUCAGAUUCCUCAUAUCAUCAUCACCUCACUCCGCCUUACGCGCGACAACCAGACCCUCUCCUCUAGGGCCCCUUCACGCCCACCCUCCAAGCCCGCAUCCCAGCUACAAAGCCCCUCCGUUUCCCCCGCACGAAAUGCAGAAACCUCGCACCCCUCCGCGUGGCCUACCUCCGAUGGAUCCAAACUGGAGGACCAACAAGAACCCCCAUCAAUCUCUCUCGACGAGGUGGAAAACCUCACCAUAAUCGGCUCCACCGCAACCUCGGACUUCAAACCUCGGCUCUUCCGCAUCGACACCCCUCUCCUUCCGCUCUUCUUUUCCGGCACCGGCGACAUGUUCGCCGCUCUCACGAUCCCCCGCCUCAUCGAGGCAGUGCACAAUGCCUCAACGCCCAACCUCCGUUCGACCCCAUCCUGGAAGUCUCCUGACGAUGUACCCGCAGAGGAACUACCACUAGCCAAAGCCUGCCAAAAGGUUCUCGCAUCCAUGCAAACCAUCCUAGCCAAAACGACGGAGAAAUGUAAGGAGAAAAUGGAAGCCUACGACAAACGCGCGGAGAAGGAAGGAUGUGGGUCUGGAGAGGAUGAUAGGGCUGAGAGGGAGAAGCAGAGGCAUUUGGCGCUCAUGAAUGCGAGUGAGGUCAGCGUUGUGAGGUUCGUGGACGAUCUUCUGGAUCCGCCGGAUUUGGAGCGGUUUAAGCCUAGGAGGAUCGAGGAGAGUGAGAAGGUGCCCGAUGAGGUGGGGUUAAGGAGGCCGGAUGAGUUGGGGGUGGUAAGGUUGGGGGUUGGGGACGGGGACGGGGCGGUGAUGGUCGUUGGAGGUGAGGGAGGACGGAAGACUGGAGAGUAAUACGGGUUAAGAGAAAGAACGGGGAAAAGAUGGACGGACAGCAUAGCCCGAGAGAGGGUGAGGGACAAGGCGCUGCGGAGAGAAGGAAAGUCAGUGUGAUUGCUUCAAGAGCGGCAUGAGCGAUAGAAUGUUGCUGUUUGAUACUGUUUGAUCUCGUUGCCAUAUACCACAGCGAUGAUUUUACACAGUUCAUAAUAGAUAUUUGGUAUUUGUCGACUUCAGCUGAAGUAUCCCGAAUCUGGUAUUCUCCGUUCAGAUCCCGAUAACGCCUGUUGUUUCCCUUCUUCGCCGUGGACAAAUCCUGAUCACUUGAUUCCUUGCCUGAAUUCCCCAUACACUGGCGGUUCUUGAUCGUCUCCCGCAGGACUCCCCGUUAUGCCUCUCUAGACCUAGUUCGCAACCGCUCCUCCAAAACCUCCCGUACUUCCA